GAUGGCUACAGGAGUUGUGAAUGAGCCGAAAGGGAAAAAAAUUGCUUUAAUUACUGGAAUAACUGGACAGGAUGGAUCAUAUCUAGCAGAAUUUCUCAUUAACAAGGGAUAUCAGGUUCAUGGAAUCAUUCGUAGAUCGAGUUCGUUCAACACAUCGAGAAUUGAACAUCUCUAUGCUGAUCCAAAGUCACACAAAGAGGGAUCUGAUGUAGGAAGAUCGAUGCAUCUUCACUAUGGAGACCUGACGGACAGCACCUGUCUGGUUAAGAUCGUCAGUCAAGUCCGCCCACACGAAAUAUACAACCUGGCGGCCCAGAGUCACGUCAAGGUUUCCUUUGAGCUGGCUGAGUACACGGCCAACGUAGAUGCCGUCGGGACACUGCGACUGCUGGACGCCAUACGGACGUGCGGACUGACGGACCAGGUGAAAUUCUACCAGGCGUCGACCAGCGAGCUGUACGGGAAAGUUGUGGAAAUACCUCAAAAAGAAACAACGCCAUUCUAUCCAAGAUCUCCAUACGGUGUUGCCAAGCUGUAUGGUUACUGGAUUGUCAUCAACUACAGGGAAGCCUACAACAUGUUCGCGUGCAAUGGAAUCUUGUUCAAUCAUGAAAGUCCCAGAAGAGGUGAGACGUUUGUGACGCGGAAAAUCACGCGGGCGGUGGCGAAGAUUUUGCUGAAGCAGCAGGAGGAACUGGAGUUGGGCAACCUCGACGCUAAGAGAGACUGGGGCCACGCCAAGGACUACAUCGAGGCGAUGUGGCAGAUGCUGCAGCAAGAUGCCCCCGACGACUUCGUCAUCUCCAGCAAUGAAACGCACAGUGUCCGAGAAUUUGUCGAGAAAGCUUUCAAAAUAGCCAAUAUUGAAAUUACGUGGGAGGGUGAAGGCGUGAACGAAGUAGGGAAGGAUAAAGCUACGGGAACCGUCAGAAUACGAGUGAACCCCAAAUACUACCGACCUACAGAAGUUGAAAUUCUUCACGGUGAUUGCACAAAAGCUGAAAAAACUCUUGGCUGGAAAAGAAACUAUACUUUUGAUAAACUUGUACAGGAGAUGGUGGAGGCGGAUAUAAAGCUGAUGAAAUCGAAUCCAAUGGCCUGAUUUAGAAGAUAUAUUUAUAAAGAACAAUCAAGACCUGACCAUAUGAUCUCAAGUUAUUUCUGUGGGCACCAUGCAUUACUGGAGGCAAUAUAUACUAUCAGUUAUUAGAAAUAUAGUCAUUUACAUGUAUUAGGUGCAAUACCGUAUGUCAUACAGAUUGUAUUACAUCAGUGUAAUACAAAUAUGAAAUUUAUUACAGCAUAUACAGUGGUUGUAUAAAACUAGUAGGUAUGUAGUUAAAGUCUAAAAUUGACAAAAGUGAAGAUACCCACAUAAAUGGCUUGUUUGAUGUACUGUGCAAGCUAAUACAAACUGAUAAUCCCGAAAUGGAUUAAAUCCCAUUGUUAUGGUUGAUGUAAACCAUUGGUAUAUACCUGACAUUACAGUGGUUUAAAACACAUGUUGUUUUUUGACAAAUUGACAUCUCAUCAAUUUACAUGAUAAAUAGUUUUAAGUAUUUGUAUCAUGAACAAAUGGUAUUUUUUCUUUCCCUAAACAUAGCCUAAAAGUCUGUAUGUCAUUUGUUUUUAUACAGUCAAACCUCGUCAUACUACACUCAAGUAUACUGCCAUCUUUGUUUAUUGCCAGGUUUUUUUUUUAGCCUAGAUCGUCUGUUUUUAAAUUUACAUAAAUUUACCCCGUUUUACUGCCCCCUGCUAUCUGCCAUCCACUAACGCAUUGGGUAACACAUUCCUAUAUGAAAACAUAAUAAAACAACCUGACAUAACACCACCGGACGAUCUCUGUACCAUCUACUAGUUUGUGACAAAUAGCUGACCAUGUAUGUGUACAUGUGUACGUACACACGCAGGUCCUGUUCAGUCAACCACUUUUCGCUAACGUUUGCCAGACUGGGGUUUUUUUUACGCUACACAGUAACGCUACCACUUUGGGAACCAGUGAAAAUAAUUAGCAAAUUUUAGCGAAAUGUCAGCUGGCUGAACUUGGCUGUUGUCUACCAAUCACUAAUUCACUGAAUGUGUGAAGUGAUGAGAUACAUGCUGGCUUUGUCUCAGUUGAUUGUCGUUUGACAAUUUCGUAAUGGAAAAUCAAGAUUGCUACCUUUUUAUUUAUUUAUUUAUUUAUUUAUUUAUUUAAUCCUUAAAAAUAAUAUGUAACGUUAAGCCCCACUCCACCCUCCAGAAUUACUUCAUUAGCUCUUACAAAUAAAAUGAUAAAUCGUUUUGAAACUGUUACAAAUACCCCUCCCUCAAGUUUUAUAUUGUACUCUGUGUGAGCCACUCUUUGGGUGUUUUGUUCAUCAGUAUUUGCAAGCAUAUCAAUCAGAAUAAAGAGGGCUGUAAUAUAGCAUAUUUUUUAUUAUUCCAUGACACAACUAGGGUACUUUGGGGCUGGUACUAAGUUUUGGUGCACUUACUGUAGUGGAAAUAAUAAAACUUGUAAUAACACCAAACUCAUUUGGGUCCCAAAGUGGGUGGUAUAACACGGUUUGACUGUAUUUCACAGUUUAAAUUUACUACUUGUCAGAAUGGUGAACGAAAACAUGUGCUAAUCAAUAUUUAUUUUGACAUCACAGUGAAAUAAACUGUACUACCUAGUAAAUAAUUGAGUAAAUUCAUUGGUGAACCCAUUAGCUUCUUCCAGGCUACUGUGGCGUGCCAUGACUGAUAUUUCAUAGGCCAUAGUUUUGUAUGUUGUUUUGUUUGUAGGAAAAUCCAUAUAAAAAGUCCCUUUCUGCGGUUUGAUAGGUAUUAGGAGUAACUUGUAUGUAUGUGGCAGCAACAGGUUACUUCUCUUAAAGCAGGUUUUUUCUCGUUCCAACCAGUUCACCACAACUGGUAUAUCAAAGGCUGUGGUAUGUGCUAUCCUGUCUGUGGUCUGGUGCAUAUAAAAGAUCCCUUGCUACUAAUCGAAAAAGUAGCGAGUU